CCCCGCCAAUGUGAACAGUGCAGAAGCUGAAACUAAAAAUUCAUUUCUGAUUAAUUAUUUUUAAUUAUAUAAGCUGUCCAAAUAAAUGUGCUGAUUUUUACUGACCCCAUUCAUUCCAAAUCUAUACUUUCUUCUUUUUAUUUCUUUCAUCAUUUGCUGCUCAUAAACCCAGUAAAAAAAUAAAAAUAAAAUAAAAUAAAAAAAAACAGCUUUAAACCCCACAUUUUGAUCAGUCAUUUCUGGGUGAAUUUUUCUAAUUUAGACUUCUGGGCACAAUUUUCAACCAAAAUACUGAAUUGGGUUUUGUUUUAAUUGAGUUUUAAUCGAAAUUUAUACUUUAAAUUGAUAAUUUAAAUUUUGAUUGAUGAUGGGUUCAGCUUAGAUUGUUGAAUUUUGUUGUGAUUUUUUUUUGCGGCGGAAGAUGCGGGGGCGGCGGGCGGCCGAUUUCCGGCGCCCUGUUCGAAGAAGAAUUUCUAAUUGGAUCUGGGCACUUCUUGGAUUGUUCUUUUUUGCUGGGAUUAUUUUGUUUGUUGUUCAACAUAAUCAUCAUCAUGUUCAUCAGCCGACAGUGGAAAAGGAUGAUACAGUAGAGCCUAUUCGGGAGCGGUUGAAUUUUACGGACCAGUUAUUAAGUUUAAGUUCAGUUGCAAGGCAAUUAGCUGAUCAAAUGACCCUUGCCAAGGCUUAUGUGAUUAUUGCAAAAGAGCAUAACAACCUUCAGCUUGCUUGGGAGCUCAGCUCAAGGAUCAGAAGUUGCCAGCUUUUGCUUUCAAAAGCUGCUAUGAGAGGAGAGGCUAUAUCACUGGAUGAAGCAGAACCAAUAAUACAAAGCCUGUCGUCUCUGAUCUUCAAGUCGCAGGAUGCACACUAUGACCUAGCUACCACAAUAAUGACUAUGAAAUCUCACAUUCAAGCACUUGAGGAGCGUGCACAUGCAGCAACUGUUCAGAGCACAAUUUUCGGGCAGUUGGCAGCUGAAUCCUUACCUAAGACUCUCCAUUGCUUAAACAUCAAGCUGAUGGCUGAUUGGUUGAAGAAGCCACCUCUACAGUCACUAGCAGAGGAGAACAAGAAUUCUCCCCGUCUCGUGGACAACAAUCUGUACCAUUUCUGCAUAUUUUCCGAUAAUUUGCUUGGUGUGUCAGUGGUUGUCAACUCUACCAUCUCCAAUGCUGACCAUCCAAAGCAGCUUGUAUUCCACAUAGUUACAAAUGGUAUCACGUAUGGUGCUAUGCAGACUUGGUUUCUUAGUAAUGACUUCAAAGGUGCAACAAUAGAGGUUCAGAACAUUGAAGAGUUCACUUGGCUGAAUUCCUCUUACUCUCCUGUCUUCAAACAGCUGCUUGACCCUGAUUCUCAGGCCUACUACUUUGGUGGGUCACAAGAUUUCAGAGUUGAACCCAAGUUUCGGAACCCAAAAUACCUUUCGCUAUUAAACCACCUUCGGUUCUAUGUGCCUGACAUUUACCCCCAGCUGGAGAAAGUAGUUUUUCUCGAUGAUGAUGUGGUUGUCCAGAAGGAUCUGACCCCACUUUUCUCAUUGGACUUGCAUGGAAAUGUGAAUGGAGCUGUUGAAACUUGCCUUGAAGUAUUUCAUCGGUACUAUAAAUAUCUCAAUUUUUCCAACUCAAUAAUUAGCUCGAAAUUUGAUCCUCAGGCUUGUGGAUGGGCAUUUGGCAUGAAUGUUUUCGAUUUGAUUGCAUGGAAAAAAGCAAAUGUGACUACUCGUUAUCACUACUGGAUGGAGCAAAACUAUGACCGGUCAUUGUGGAAGCUAGGUACUCUCCCUCCUGGACUUCUCAGCUUCUAUGGAUUAACAGAGCCACUUGAUCGAAGAUGGCACGUACUUGGAUUAGGAUAUGAUCCAAACAUUGAUAACCGUCUAAUAGAGAGUGCAGCUGUUAUUCACUACAAUGGGAACAUGAAGCCGUGGCUAAAAUUGGCCAUUGGCCGGUAUAAACCUUUGUGGGAUCGAUAUGUGAACCAGAGCAGUACAUACCUUCAGGAGUGUGUCACAAGUUGAACAGCAAGCAUAGUUUUUUUUUUUUUUUUUUUUUUUUUUAAUUUUUAUCUUUGAAGUUUUGCUGGUAAUUUAUGCAGUCAUGAACGCCGGAGCCUGCGAUUCAACCGAUUGUAGAGUCAGAAAAGGAUUUUUGUCUUCAUUUAGGGAUCCUUUAUUGGUACACUUUAGUUCCUCAUAUUACAUAUGCAUUCUAAUAGAGGAAGUUGGUUUUACAGAUAUAAGGCCCCACAAAUUGUACUGGGAAAACAAUGGUGCUGGUUAUUCACUUUUGGCUGGUGGAUCUUAAUUUUUUGGCCUUUGAUACAGUUGUAGAUUCUUUUUUCAUUUUUGUAGCAAUGUGUAAUAAAUUCAUAGCAAUUUUGGAUUCAAUUGUACUUUUACUCUAAUAGAUGGUAUUCAUGGUAGCUAUUUUGUUCUA